AUAACUGAAACCAGCUCAAAACGACGUCACUUGAUCCUUCUUCCCCACUCUCCCCCUUUCACUGUCACACAAACAACCGGAAAAUCGAAGAUUAUCGCCGGCGAAUUGAAGCUCACUCUUCGAAACGAAGCGCUACAAUUCACACACCUGCAAAGAAAUGCAGCAAUAGGCUCCGCCGCGGAUGAUGGAUGGUAGGCGAGGGGGAAGACGGCGGGGCGAUCAGACGCUUCUGCCUUUGCGCCGCCCUGCUAGGCAUUUCGCUCAUACCGUUUCUUGCUGGUAUUGUGAUUUCAAGUGUAUGGCAUUCAAUGAGCUGUUGUUUCGCUUGGGUCGCAGACACUCUAAGAUCUUGAGAAUUUGGUUUUCCAUUGGGAUUGGGUUUAGCUUGGCUGCCCUCAUUGGAGCUACAGUAGUUAGUGACGUUUUUCAGCAUUUGCAACCCCGCUUUUCUUCUUUGAAACAAAUAAGCUUGCUCUCUUACAUGUGUUAUUGUUGUCUCGUCUGUCUUCUUUUCUCUUUCUGCAAGAUUAUUCUAUGUGAAAUGGCAAAAGCUACUCUUACGUAUGCUGGAAUAGCACGGUCUCGUGACUCCUCAUUCAGCCUUUCUUUUUUGACUGCUGGCAUGCAUAUGUCACCUUCCAGUAUGGGUUUCCUGUGCUUAUCUUCUUUCUUGUGCGUACUGGUGCAUGAGUUUGGCCAUGCUCUUGCAGCCGCAAGUGAAGGUGUGCAGAUGGAGUAUAUUGCAAUCUUCUGUGCUCUUGUAUUUCCGGGAGCUUUGGUGGCUUUUAAUGAUGCUUCAUUGCAGCUAUUACCUGGACUGGCUUCUCUCCGUAUAUAUUGUGCUGGUAUUUGGCACAAUGCGGCAGUUUGUGGAGUUUGCACAUUGGCUUUGUUCCUUCUUCCCUUCAUCUUAAGUCCACUCUACAUCCACGGUGAAAGCCCCAUGGUAUUGGAUGUGCAUUCUACGUCACCAUUGUCGGGUUAUCUUUCACCAUAUGAUGUUAUACACUCUUUGGAUGAGUUUCGUGUUUAUACUGCUGAUCAAUGGAAGCAGAAACUUACUGUUUUGACUGAGCAGACUCCCCCACUUUCGUUUGGUCAAUCUAGUGAAAUGGGAAACAUGCAAAAGAGUUAUUGUGUUCCACAUUCCUUGAUUGAAAAGAGCAUUCAUGUUCCAUUCACAAGGUAUGAAACAUAUUGUCCAAAUGAACUUUUUGCCUUUGCACCAAUAACAUGUCCCGAUAUGAGCGAAUAUCGCAAUGGUGGCAACAAAACCAAUAAUCAGGAAAGUGUAGAAACGAUUCAUUGUUUGAAUGCUAAGGACGUUAUCAAGCUUAGGAAAUGUGCGCAUGAUCCCGUGCAAGCUUCGAGUGAUAAAAGCGGAUGCCUUUGCUCAGAAGUAGAUGAAUCAUGCUUCAUGCCGGUGCAACUGCCAGGUUUAGGAUGGGUCGAGAUUACAUAUUCUAGAUUGGAAUGCCUCAACCACGGAAGAAGUGUAGAUUCAGAAAACCAGCAAUCCAAUAGUGGAGAGAAAGGCUGCAUCCAGACUUUUGUCUUUGUUGGUGAUCUCACCGCAAUGGCACAUUCAGUUCAUUUGACGUCAUAUCAGCCUCGAUUGUCAAUGUAUUUCAUUGCGUACCUUCCAGAUCUGUUGGAGAGAUUCCUGACGUGUUCCUUCCAUGUCUCUAUGGUUCUUGCUCUACUGAACAGCCUACCGGUGUUUUUUCUCGAUGGCGAAUCCAUUCUAGAGGUCACUUUGCUGCACUACUUUGGCUUUAUGAGCUCCAGGAUGAGGCAAUCAGUUCUGCGCUGUUGCCUUUAUGUAGGGACCGCGAUUUGCGCCUUUUUAAUCAUGCGAACAAUAUUCGUCUCAGUCAGCUAGAGUGGUAGAGUGGUUUGCUGGUGCAGCAACAUUUUUGCAUUGAUUUACCAGAGAAAUUGCAGUGGAUAGAAGCAACCCAAGCCGAUUCGUACAGAAAAAGAAAGCGGAGGAGGUGGAGGAAGACGAAAGACUAGCCAUUGGGAGGAAUAUCGAAAGCUAAAACUGCUUUUGCAGAGUUUGCCAAUUUUGUUUGUCGACACUUGAUACACAUCAAGAGUAACUGCAGAUCAAAUAGUUGUAUGUUUCAUAUUCUCAAUACAAAAUUUGAAAUUUACUUUCUCUAA